ACUGGAACAUCUCACCAACUAUUAGAAAAAAUAGUUUACUAUUGUUCGAACAAUAAUGAUCCAUUACUUCAGUUUUAAUGAAAUUCGAAUCUGGAUUUCCCUAUUAAUUAUUGAAAUUAAUCUAUCAUCAAUAUUACCAGUGUCAUCAGAAUUUGUUUCAAUUCAAAAACGAGAUCCAAAUGAAUUGGAUAAAGAUUCCUACGCGUAUUUCAAUAGUCUUUACGCAUUCCGAACCAACGAAGAAGGUUUAAAUAGGGAUUUCAAUUGUUCUGGUCGUUGUGAUUUGCUCGAUGAUGAGUUUAUUUAUAAUUAUGACAGUAGAUGUGAUGGAAUUGUUCAUGAGUGCUGGCUUAUGCAACAUACUCAAGAACGAUUAGAUGCAGUAGAAAAUUACAAACAGGUACGUAGUAAGAAUGCUGGUGUAUUAAACGAUCCGAUAGGGGGAGAUUCUUUUUUUGUUAAUGCAGCUCGUAGAAAUUUGGAGGAAGCAAGAUGGUUAGUGGAUCAUACUGGAAACGAUUGUGGAUGUUUAUGUGAACGUAAAUCUAAUUCAUAUCAUAAUUUUCAUGGUCCAUUACUCGACUCAAUUUGUUUUGAUCAUGUCGAAGUGGAUAACGGAUAUGUGGCAACAGGGGUCAGAUUUAAAAGAUAUGAGAACAGAAUACAUCUUGAACUUCAACAAGGAAUACUAGCAAACGGACAAAUUGAUCCAGGUACCGUAACAUGGAAAAAAUCGAGUAAAUGUAAUAAUGCGAAACCAGUAGUCUAUGGCUUCAAAAAUAGUUCUUACGAAGGCUUAAAAUUUGUAUUGGAAGAUAUGAUUCUUCCACAGAAACAAGUCGUUACUGGCGUAGAAGUUGGGAAUAAAUUACUAGGACAAUACAUAACUGAUGAUGGUAAUUUGGAUAAUAUGAAAAUAAUUGUUCCAACUCAAUGUUAUGAAAGAACUCGCGAUUUGGUGCAUGGUUACUCCCGACUUCUGCCCCCUAUAAAUUUUCUCGGAAAACAUUUUACAUCUAGUUCAUCAUGCAAAGAUCAUUUGUUAUUUGGUGGAACAUCAUAUGAUUCUGAUUUCAUUCAACAUAUUGUUCCGUAUAUUGAUUUACAAGAAAUAGUUACUGAUCCACCUGAACCGAUUCACGGAAUCGGUUGGUACUACAGAGGUUAUCCUGAAUCCGGAGGAUUUUUGGCUUUGAGAAUUUGGAAAUGAGAAUAAUUAAUCAUUGCUCAACUUACAUUGAACAAUAAAUUUUGAUGUUAAAUAAUGAUGAAUACCUGUUAUAGUUUCUAAGUCAAUAAAAUAUU